GAGCCAGGUUCCCAGGAGAGCCCUGAAGAGGCCCUCAGUUCCUCCCUGUGGACUGUUUCCAGGGAUGCCUGUGUAUUUUAUUUUUUUUGGGGGGGGGUUCUUUUUUUCGGAGCUGGGGACCGAACCCAGGGCCUUGCGCUUCCUAGCCUUCUCCCCGGUCACUGCCUUAAACAUUUAACUGCAUAGAGGUGGACCUGAGAUCAGUCAUAGGCCAGAGACCUGCGGCAUAGUGUCCUCUUGAAAUCUGUCGUAAACAAGGAACCUUGCAUUUCACUUUAAGUUGGACCGUGUAUAUUUUGCCAGUCUCCCUGUCCUGUCCCUGAACCACUUGUGGCCUUAAAGUUUGUUCAGUCUCUUCCAUCAGGAACACCCUUUCCAGGCAUCGUCCUUCCCUCUGCAACUUUUCCUCUAAUAAUCAAUGCGAGUGUUACUUCCCUCUCCCUUCCCUUUCCCGGUCGUCCAAUGGGAGGACAAAAUGUGUCAAGAGCCUCAAGAGACCCACAACGUUCUAUAUGUGGUAAAGGGAGAAAAAGGUGGGAAGAAAGUAUUGUUUUAACUACUUUCAAACGCCAUCUGGAGGGCACUAGGACCUGUCUGCGGACGAGUUCGUUCUCUAACAGAGGAAUCCGCGCUUGACAGCGGAGAAAGCAGACUACACCGGCUCUUGGGCGCCCUCUACUGCCAUCGCGCAAGCGCAACACCUCUUCCUGGAAAUCACCUAGCCCGUACCCGCCUCUCAUCUCCCAUUGGCUACUCCCUAUUCUCCCGCCCUCCGGUGCUCAGCCAAUCAGAACCUCUUGGUGGGCGGGGCUUUCGGCAGAGGGGCGGGGCGUAGGCUUGGAUUGGCUCCGCUGAAGACGGCGACGUGGCUGAAGGAGGCCGGUUUGUUUCUGAAUUGAGGCUCAGGCACGCCGGCUCAGGAUUGGUGCUGGGCCGGGCCGGGGUCUUUGGCCGGAAGCGGAAGUGGAAAAAGGAUGCAGGACCAUCAGCACGUGCCCAUCGACAUCCAGACCAGCAAGCUGCUCGAUUGGCUGGUGGACAGAAGACACUGCAACUUAAAAUGGCAAAGCCUGGUGCUGACCAUCCGGGAAAAGAUCAACACCGCCAUCCAGGACAUGCCAGAGAGCCAAGAGAUUGCCCAGCUGCUCUCUGGUUCCUACAUCCACUACUUCCACUGCCUAAGAAUAGUGGACCUUCUUAAAGGUACCGAGGCUUCCACCAAAAAUAUUUUUGGCCGCUACUCUUCACAGCGGAUGAAGGAUUGGCAGGAGAUCAUAAGCCUGUAUGAGAAGGACAACACCUAUUUAGUGGAACUCUCUAGCCUCCUGGUUCGGAAUGUCAACUAUGAGAUCCCCUCUCUGAAGAAGCAGAUUGCCAAGUGCCAGCAACUGCAGCAAGACUACAGCCGCAAGGAGGAGGAGGGCCAGGCUGGGGCUGCUGAGAUGCGAGAGCAGUUCUACCACUCCUGCAAACAGUACGGCAUCACGGGAGACAAUGUCCGACGAGAGCUUCUGGCCCUGGUGAAGGACCUGCCAAGUCAGCUGGCUGAGAUAGGAGCGGGAGCUCAGUCCCUGGGGGAAGCCAUCGACCUGUACCAGGCCUGUGUGGAGUUUGUAUGUGACAGCCCCACAGAGCAGGUGCUGCCCAUGCUGCGGUACGUUCAGAAGAAGGGAAACUCCACGGUGUAUGAGUGGAGGACAGGGACAGAGCCCUCUGUGGUAGAGCGGCCACAACUGGAGGACCCUCCCGAGCAGGUGCAAGAAGACGAGAUCGACUGGGGCGACUUUGGCCUGGAGGCUGUUUCUGACUCUGGAAACAUCAUCUCUGCUGAGACCCCUGGGAUAGACUGGGGUAUCUCCCUGGAGUCAGAGUCCAAGGAUGCUGGGGCUGACAAGAUAGACUGGGGUGACAAUGCUGUUGCUUCGGAGAUCACCGUGCUGGAGACAGGAACGGAGGCUCCAGAGGGUGUUGCUAGGGGCUCAGACGCUCUGACUCUCCUUGAAUACCCUGAGACUCGGAAUCAGUUCAUCGAUGAGCUCAUGGAGCUUGAGAUCUUCUUGUCUCAGAGAGCAGUAGAGAUGAGUGAGGAGGCUGACAUCCUGUCCGUGAGCCAGUUCCAGCUGGCUCCUGCCAUCCUUCAGGGCCAGACCAAGGAGAAGAUGCUCAGCCUGGUGUCCACACUGCAGCAUCUGAUUGGCCAGCUCACCAGUCUCCGGAUGCAGCACCUGUUUAUGAUUCUGGCCUCACCGAGGUAUGUGGACCGGGUGACAGAGCUCCUCCAGCAGAAGCUGAAGCAGUCCCAGCUGUUGGCUCUGAAGAAGGACCUGAUGGUGGAGAAGCAGCAGGAGGCGCUUCAGGAGCAGGCAGCGCUGGAGCCCAAGCUGGACCUGCUGCUGGAGAAGACCAGAGAGCUGCAGAAGCUGAUUGAAGCUGACAUCUCCAAGAGAUACAACGGCCGUCCUGUGAACCUGAUGGGGACCUCUGUGUGACGUGCUCCCUCUGUGUCCUCCACCCAGCUUCCUGGUGGGGGGUGGGACAGCCCAGGCUGGUAUUGCUGGACCUCACCAGCAAGAAGCCAGCAGACCUGGAGGCAGAGCCACAAGGAAGGGCCACCUGAGUGGUGGCACCAGCAUUCAUUGUGACCUCUGCAAGAAGUCUGAGUGGCUCUGUGGCUCUCAGCCUAAGGCACAGUUGCUUCUUCUGGUUAUCAAGGAAGGCUUAAUAAAAAAAGGAAGUGACUCUC